CGGGGCAGACCCACGACCGGGGGAGGCAUGCAGAGCGCGACCUUGCUGGGGUUCACCACCCUGGCACUGGCCUUGGCCACGGCCACCUCGCCUCAAGAAGGCAAGAAGAAGAUCGAGAAGCCUGGAGCUGCCCUCCCAACGUAUGACAACCUGGACCUGCCCAACUACGACUUUGACCUCAGCCUGGACAGCGAGGGAGAGUUCUUCGACCCGAGCCUCUAUGAAGAGCUUUACGACUAUAAUGACCUGGCACCAAAGAUCGAGGUGGGUACAUUGGCUCCUCCAACCAAGCAGCCAGAGGGCACGAGAGCCAUGCUGACCGACGCAUCCAGAAAGCCGCCCCCGACGUCCCCACCAGAUCUGCUCAGGUCCAUAAUCAAACAGGGUCUGCCCACCUGCCUGGUCUGCGUCUGCCUCAGCACUUCCGUGUACUGCGAUGACGCCGACCUGGACCAGAUCCCACCUCUGCCGCUGGAGACCACCUACCUCUACGCCCGCUUCAACCGCAUCCGCCACAUCCGAGCCAGCGACUUUGCCAGGCUGAAGAAGCUGAAGCGAAUCGACCUGACUAGCAACGACAUCUCGUGUGUGGACGACGACGCCUUCCGGCAGCUCAGCACCCUGCAAGAGCUCAUCCUCGCGGAGAACCGGCUGCCCGCGCUGCCCGCCUUGCCCAGCAGCCUCGUGAGGCUCGAUGCCCGGUUCAACAGGCUGCAGAGCUCCGGUCUCCACCCUGAAGCCUUCAGGAAGCUGAAGAAGCUGCAGUUCCUGCACCUGUCGGAUAACAAGCUGGACGCUAUCCCAGUGCCCCUGCCUGAGGGCCUGCGGUCCCUGCACCUGCAGAACAACAACAUCCAAACCAUUCACAAAGACACGUUCUGUGAGAGCCAGGACCACAGUCACGUCCGACAGGCCCUGGAGGACAUCCGCCUGGACGGCAACCCCGUCAACCUGAGCCUCUUCCCUGACGCCUACUUCUGCCUGCCUCGGAUACCCACUGGCCGCUUCGACUGAGCCUCCGGCAAAGGGAUCCGCUCUCAGGAAAGGGCCGCCCUGGAUCGCCACGCUAAGCUCUCCAUAUCCGGUCGGCGUCAGCUGGUAUUUGCCCUCCUCCUUGCUCAUCUUCGCCCCCUUGGCUUUGUGUAGAUUGGGGGCUAAGGUUCCAGUUAGCACAUCUGAGUGUGUGUGGGUUAGAAGUCUAGCUAGCCUAGGGAUACCGCAUCAGAUGUUAAACUGGCCAGGGGAUGCUGGCUCCUACUGAGGUCUUGGUCCAUGUGUGCCUGCAGGCAGGAUGCCCCAGGCCUAGAGAAGCGCUAAUAAAAUGAAAAAAGGUUAAAAACUCAUUCUGUGGCUGGUUUAAAACAUAAUAACCUGCCCUCCCCACACCCAAAUCAGGCACAGCAGCCGUUCUAUGAGCAUGGAGGGGUGCACAGCAUGGGGAUAUGAACGACGAGUCGACAGACUGCCUGACUAGUUGCUUCCCCGCCCCCUUGUUGCCUCUGUCAGAAAGAGGCAUCAGGGUGCUCCAAAGCGGCUGCAUGGGCUCCACGCAGCGUGGCUGCUUUGAAACGCCACAUGCAGCCUGCGG